AUGAAAUUUAUAUUACCUUUGCUUGCACUGCUCGGACUCAGCAGUGCCCAAAUCACUGCUAAUCAAUCGGAUGCUUUGGACGCACCCAAUUACUGCAAUGCAUCUGUUGUUUCUUGCCAUUGGUCUGGCGCUGUUGAUGCUUGUUGCUCUCCAAAGUACGGUUUGGUGGUUCUUGCUCUCCAGUGGAGCCCUGGGUGGGGUCCUGCUGAUGAAUUCACCAUCCACGGUUUAUGGCCCGACACAUGUGCUGGUCGUAUGGCUCCUGUUGAUGGUUGCGACAGUAGCAGAAACUCCAACCAAAUUGCCACUAUUGUCCGGGACAUGAAUGAAACUGUCUACAACAGAAUGUCCACCUUCUGGCCUAGUAACAAGGGAGACAACAACUGGUUCUGGUCACAUGAAUGGUCAAAGCACGGCACGUGUGUCUCUACCUUGCGUCCAACUUGCUACGGUACAUCCUACAAAAAGUAUCAAGAUGUCAUUGAAUACUUCCAGCAAGUACUUGAUUUACGUGACAAAUUUGAUCUUUUCGGUGCACUCAAUUUGAACGGUGUCUCUCCUGGAAAUACAUACAAUGUCGAAACCAUCCGUGAUGCCAUCAAAAAGGAAUACGGCGCUGACGUAAAACUUGACUGCAGUGGUGGCGCUCUCACUGAUGUCUCGCUCAAUUUCUACGUCAAGGGUCGUAGUGAUUACAUGAUCACUGACGUCCUCCAGCCUGGUAACUGCAGAGGUGCUGUAUUCUUCCCAAAGAAAUAG